UCUCUUUCCUUCUCACCUCUAGGUUGUGGUCAUACUAGCCGGCGUUAACUGCCUUGGGUUUUUCCAAUUCUUUCACGAAGUCGUAUGCGGCCACCUUGCGUCCAGUAAGUUCCCAAGACCCUUGAUUAUUCAGCUCCAUGGUCUCUACAGGAUGGCGGACGGCGAGUGCGGUCAUUAUCAUAGUUGUCGGGUCCGCCCUCUUCACGUUCGCCGUGUUUGUGUACCGACGGCGGAGAUACCUACGCCAGGACCCGCAUAGACCUGAAAUGCGGCAGCGGUUCAUGAGGUCGCAUGCGGAUGACCCAGAAGCACAUGUAUCCCUGCUACGCGCGAGCGACAUGACGCCUCCAGUACCACCAAAACCGCCCACGAUGUCGCACGGCCGGAGUCUCUCUGGUCAAACACCGACGUUCCCGACACAUGGAAGGAGUUUGUCGAAUGGGCCGACGAAUGAGUGGGGAGAACCUGACCGCCAGAGGACGCGCUCUACCCCGACUCGUGUCCCAGUCCCACCCAUGUUCCCUGAACAUCAGGUCGUUGUAGAGCGACCAUCCUACGAUGGUGAAGGGGGUGCACCUAUUUCCAUGCCGGAGCCCUCUCUGUCCCACACGCCAUCGAUCUUCGAGCGCAUCCAGUUGCCCCGGAUACAGUUCACCACGUCGGGAGGAGGACGGAAGGGAAGAUUUCCUUCGCUCCAAAUAGCGUUCGUCCGUGAGUCCAAUCAGGUCAUCUCCUCUCCUGCCGACGGAUAUCAUCCGCCACCAAACAACGAGGGCCCCCCGCUCAGUGCUUCCUCCGGAUCCUCCUCUCUCGGUCGGCCUUUUGCGACCAUGUCCACAUCCCCUCUUCCGCACAUCAAGCCAGUCUCGCCCAUCUCGAUGACCCUGUCCACUGUCUCCGUCUCUCGCCAGUCCCCAUCCACCGUCGGACCGCGGUCAGACACGAGCACUGUCGACACGCCAUCGCCUCGGGAGCCUUCGCUCCCAGCUUCCACAUCAUCCGACAUCACAUCCCCAAGUGACUCGAGACUCGGCUCACCGGCGAGUAUCAACACUGCCGGGCUCGACGAUUUCUCACGCAACCUAUUCUCGCGGAAGCUAUCUACUGAGGGCGGUCACACGUCCUCCGGCUUCACCCUCUCUCGCGGCUCCUCCUGCCAAACUGGCCGUCCCACGUCAGACCCGGGUCGGCCGGCACGGCAGAGCUCUCUGUCUUCGGGAUCGGCUUCGGCUUCAGGCUCGUCGUCGAAGGCAGCCAACCUCCGGCGUGCGAGCACCUGGGUCCCGAACGUGCUCGCGAGCUACUCGCCCUGGCACAAUGUUGUCCCGGACGCCCUCACAGAUUCUUCUUCCAGACCAGGAGAGCGCGAGCGGGGCGACUCGCAGGUUGAGUCCCCCACAGGCCAGAUCCGCGUUGCAGAUGCGUACAGACCCAUGCCCACGCUCGAGGAGAACCCGUCCGAGGUUUCUCCCGUCACGCUGGCGUUGUCUCUUCCUGAGUCGCCUCCUUUGCAGGCUGUGCGAGAUUCGUUACAGCCGGGGUGGCAAGAGCAGGAUGAGGGGCGUCCUGCAGCCGAGCCGCCUGAGUCUGCGGAGCGGGUGUCCAGUAGUAGAGUCUCUUGGGGAUCGGUGCAUGAGCUGUUGGCGCAGGUACAGAGGGAGUCGACUGAGAUGUUACCGUCUCCACACGAUGCCUCGCCCCCUCAAUCGCCUUCCGUACCGCAUGUGUCGUAAGGGCCACCGUGCCCGGCUUCAUGACACGAAGGUAGGCGCGAGGGUGGUAAUUAGACGUGUCAUGGUGGUAGCAGGGCUCUCGGGCACGGGCUUCUACAUGAUUGGACUAGGACUUGACGUUACUGCUGCCCACGCGAUAUGGACGCAUUUGGAAGACCUGCAUUGUAAUCCCAUACCAAUCGCCGCAUAUAUUU